CAAAUUUCGUAACAUUUAGCUGUCCUUCCUUUAUCAGCAAACUUCGAAUUUUACCCUCUUUUUUUUUUUCGGCUCAGUCUCUCUUUUUGUUACUGUGACGUGACGAAAGGAGCCAAUUGUGUUUCUACCAACGUACAAAUUACUAGACGGAUAUCGCGUGUUUGGGUCACCUCGUCUUUUAUUUUUAUUUUUCCCCAGCGGGCAGAGUAAUAUCACAAGCAAUUGAUUGAUAAUCUCCUUACUACCCUCUAAAACAACAUUUACACAAAUUCAAGCUUUACCUUUUGAAGGCCUAUUGUUUGGUUUCGGUACUGGGUUUACUAUCUGUUGGUCGAGAUGGAACCGCAUAACCAUCACCGUCGUUCCCGCAUUAUGCGCAGAGAUGCUUAUGCGCGCCAUAGGAGAGAGGGGGUUGAGGGGAUUGAGGUCGUUACUGAUGUCGUUUUUGUCACUGCGUCCGUUAGUGGAGGGGGAAAGGUUAUUGGGUUCACCACUUUGGGCGAAGCUGUUGAAAAGACGCUUAGUCCGAGUCCGACUACAGUUGCUCCCCCUAAGGUUACUAGCAAGGCCGCGUCGUCUGAGAGACCGCGAGCGACUACAAGCGAGACGCUUAAAGCUACUGAGGCUAUAAGGACUCAAUCAGCGAUAAGCUCGACCAGUGAAUCAACCGAGGUGGCUAGCCCGACUUCCACUCUUGCGACCAGCACCUCUGCCAUAGCGUCGAAUUCGGAAUCUAUUUUGGCGUUGACCUCGACCUCUGCGUCAGCCUCCGAGACUUCUAUUGCUCCGAUUGCGUCUAUUACUUCUUCUGCUGCUCCUAGCUCAGAGGAGUCUGCGUCGGGAGGAAUGUCGACUGGUGCAACAGUUGGGCUGGCAGUUGCUGGUGUUGGAGUUUUCUUGGUCAUUUGUUUCACUCUCGCAUUCGUCUACCGCAAGAGAUCGCAAAAGAAGACACAGGAGGCAUAUGGAAAACCUGAAGAUGAGAAGACUGGUGGUGCUGCUGCUGUGGGUGCUACUAUUUACAUGAAUGGCAACAACAACCUUUCGCGCGCCGAUACUGUCACUUCUGAGAAGGCACCCAGGGUUCCAUCUCUUAGGCCCGUCACUCAGUUCUUGCCUAAUUUGACUGUUACUCCACCCGCUGCUGACCCUGUUUCCCAACGACAGUCGCAAGCGCAAGUCCAAUCCCGACCACAGCAACGGGCUCCCGUCAUUGCUUCAUCUCCCGUAGGUCUCACGAGAUCUGAAUCGCGUAAAGCUCCUCCUCCUGCCUUGGUCCUCGUUAAGAGCGAAGGGGAAGUUUCAUCUGCUCCGGUUUCUAGUGCUACCACUACCAAUAGUACUGCUCCUCUUCUUGCCAAGACUCAGACUUCUCCCACAGCCUCCUCCUCUUCUUCGUUGGUCGAAUAUACCGAUAGUGGUGACUCUGCUGCCGGAACUCCCGUCGCUGGCGGACCUGCUGGUGUUGCUAACACUUCGCCUGUGCAUCGUGUUCAAAUGGACUUUAAGCCUUCUAUGGAAGAUGAACUUGGACUCCGUGUUGGUCAGCUCGUUCGUCUGUUGUAUGAGUAUGAUGAUGGAUGGGCUCUCUGUAUCCGCCUUGAUCGUUCGCAACAAGGUGUCUGUCCACGCACUUGUCUAUCCCAGAGACCUGUGAAGCCACGUCACCCAGGGUCUCCUCGUCCAGGCUAUCCUAACGGCCGUGCUCAGAGCCCGAUAGGAAGUCAGGGUUCUCCUCGUCCUUACUCUCCUUCCGGUGUCCCUCGCGCUCAAUCUCCGGGCUCUAAUAGAAGUCAGCUCUCUCAGUCUCCAGUCCAAAUGCGUCCCCAAUCGCCUGCCCAGGCUCAUCCAAAAUCACCAGCGGGUUAUGUCAAGCAAGUUUACCGCCCGGCUACUGCGACCCAGCAGGCUCAGCUUAGGAUUAUUCCAGCAAGCCCGGUUCAACGCCCUCAGUCUCCUAUCACUCAGUCUCCUGUUGCCCUUAGAGCUGGGCCUUCUCAGAUUACUGUGACUACCACGACUCCCGCUGUUAUUUCUGAGGCUGCACCGUCCACACCGGUUUCCCCUGCGCAAAAGCCUCAGAGUCUCCCUGGAUCCCCACCCCGUCCCGCCGUGGCCCCAGUCCGCCCCUCUCCCUUGUCGAACGAGCAGACUAGCGGUCACGAGCCGGAGCACGCGCAGCCAGUCUUCCACGCCAUGUGA